AUGGGAACCCCACAGUACCGUCGAGAGCAUGUUCUGGCGGAGAUACUCAAAGACUGUGGUACGUAUUUCGCGAAAGUAGACCGUGGUGAAAUUGGUGGAGAGGAAGAGAAGGUGGACAACUUGGACCAACAUGGGCCUCCCGCAGAGGACACAGGUCCCCCGCCAGAGAUUGAUGCGGAAAUAGUCGCUGUGGGUGCGCUAAUUGCUGACGGUGUUCGAAUUGGUCUGGCCAACGAGCGUCAGAGCGUCGCGGAUGGGGAGCGUCAGCUGAUGGAUACAGAGGAACCACCCAUUCAGAGGGAGAGUGCGCGCGAAAUUUUGCGAGGAAUGAGGGAGACGCAGCAGAGGGCAGCAAAGGAGGCCAUUCAGCAGGGGGGGGAGGAGGAGAUGAUAGAGGAUCAGAUGAUGGAACAGUGUCCGGGUUUGGAAGACGGGCAGGGGAGUCAGAAUCUCGGAGGCGAAUUGGAGGAAGAGGUGCAGAGGUCGGAACUGGAGACUAGGGUGGUGUAUCAGAGACGGGAGGCACGGACAAAGAAGAUGUAUGAUUUGGGGCGGGAGGAAAAAAAGACAGAACGCGAAAAGGAGGAGAAUCGGCAGAGAGAGGAGGAAGCGCGGAAGAGGGAGGAGAAACAGGUUGAGCGCGAAAAAGAGGAGAAGCGGCAGAGGGAGAAGGAAGAGCGGCAGAGGGAGGAUGAGAGAAGCGCGGAGCGCGAACAGGAGAAGAAGCGGCAGAGGGAGGAGGGAGAGCGGAAGGAGGAGGAAAAGAAGGUGGAGCGCGAGAAGGAGGAGAGGCGGCAGCGGGAGGAGGAAGAGCAGAAGAGGGUGGAGGAAAAAAAGACAGAGCGCGAAAAGGAGGAGAAUCGGCAGAGAGAGGAGGAAGCGCGAAAGAGGGAGGAGGAACGGGUUGAGCGCGAAAAAGAGGAGAAGCGGCAGAGGGAGAAGGAAGAGCGGCAGAGGGAGGAUGAGAGAAGCGCGGAGCGCGAACAGGAGAAGAAGCUGUUCCCUCGUGGGAACUGUUCCUAG